AUGGCGGACCUCAUCGCCGGCGAGCAUCAUUUCGCAGCACCAAAUGGCCUAGACUUCACCUACACAGUUCGAUGUUCUGAGCAAAGUGUGAACUCUUUGCCGGUGCUUGUUCAGUGUCCAGGCUGGGGUAUUGGUUCGCGAUACCUCGAAGUGGGCUUGUCGCCUCUGGAGAAGCACUUUAAAUUUAUCUAUUUUCAUCCACGUGGUACAGCUGGGUCAUCUCGUCCUGAUGAUCCCACAGAGAUGAGCUGCUUUGAUAUGGCCAGGGAUCUCGAACUCUUCCGUAUUUACCUAAGAUUUGACCGAUAUCCUGCCCUACUAGGCCAUUCGCACGGCGGUGCCAUCGCUUUGGCAUACGCUCAGUUAUUCCCGGAGAAAGUGACCAAAAUUAUCCUGAUAGACCAUAGGUUGAUUGGGUUCGACGACUCUAGUGCUUCUAGGAGGUUUAAGAGAGAUAGGAAAGGUGACAGUAGAUACGACAAGGCUUACAAGAUGCAAGAUACCGCUUCUCCCACGACUGACUCUGAAUUCACGGAGCUUUUCCACGAAAUGGCCCCGAUCUAUUUCUAUGAUCCAGAAGCCCAUAUUCCCGCCUUCUUCGCUGCUCUCGGCCCGGAUCAAAUAUCGUUAUGGUGCGUUCAGAAGGUAAACGCGGCAGAAAAAAGGGUGAAAAGAGAGGCAACGAUGAUUAAAGGCUUAAAACGAGUCACUGCCCAAACUCUCAUCAUAUUCGGCAAUCAGGAUGCACAAUGCACCAUCGAAAAUUUGGAACAGACGAAAUCUGGUAUCCACAGCGCGACUGGGAUUGUGCUGGAUGAGUGUGGUCAUUUCCCUUGGAUUGAGAAACGAGAAGAAACGUUUACAGCAGUAAGGGCGUUCCUAGAGGCCGAAUAA